GAUGAAAUGGAGCACACAGGACGUUAAGGAGAUUGGAGAAGACAAGAAAGGUGACGCCAAAAACAAACCGUGGACAUUAACUCAUUUUUCUUCUUCUUAAAAACGUGCCUUGGUUCCGGAAUUUAACAACGUUUGGACUCCUGCGCACAUUUUGAGCGGAUUCGCAUCUUCGUUGUUUUUUGAAGGGAGGGACUGCCCUCAUCCCAGCAAGGUUGGAGCUUUCAUGAGGAGGACUGAGAAGAUGGAGAGUUUGCUACCAUUACUGGUCGUCAGCUGGAUUUCUCUCAAGGCUCAAGGUGGGGAUGUGUGUGUGUCUGGCCAUGACAGUGGGCCAGUGUUUGAAGAGCAGCCAAACAGUGUCAUUUAUCCAGAAGGUCUGAGUGAAGGGAAGCUGGUUCUCAACUGUCAGGCCAGGGCCAGUCCAGCUGCCUCCUACAGGUGGUUGGUGAAUGGUACCGAGGUCCGAUUGGGUUUAGACCUCCGUUACACUCUGGUCGCUGGCAACCUGGUGAUCAGCAGGCCAGAAUGGAGUAAAGACACAGGUUCUUAUCAGUGUCUGGCCAUCAACCGCUGCGGAACCAUCAUCAGCAGAGCUGCCAUCCUUAAAUUUGGCUACCUUCAUGACUUCCCCCCAGACAGCAGGAGUCCUCAAACAGCUUAUGAAGGCCAGGGCACCUUCCUAGCAUGCCAGCCACCCCCACAUUACCCAGCUCUGUCCUACCGCUGGCUCCUCAAUGAGUUCCCCAACUUUAUCAAGAAAGAUGACGGUCGCUGGUUUGUAUCCCAGGUAACAGGGAACCUGUAUCUGGCCAAAGCAGAGCCUAAUGACACUGGAAGCUACUUCUGUUUCACGACCAUCAACAUGGACAUCAGCACCAAGAGCACCUUCAGCAAAGCCAACCAGCUAAAUGUGCUUCCUGAUGUCAAUCAAAGAAAGUCAGCUCCAAGCAUCAAAGUUCGCUUUCCUGCAGAGACCUACGUGCUAGCAGGACACACCGCCCAGCUGGAGUGCUUUGCCUACGGGAAUCCUGUCCCAAAACUGCGAUGGCGAAAGGUGGAUGGACUAAUGCCGUCCAAGGCAGGUUCUAGUGCUGUUAGUCCCACUCUCAUCCUGCCAGACCUUUCCUUUGACGAUGAAGGCGUCUACGAGUGUGAAGCCUCCAACUCGCAGGGAGUUGAUGUGUACCAGGGCCGCAUCAGCGUGCAAGCUCAGCCAGAGUGGUUGCAGGUGAUGAGCGACUCGGAAGUGGAGAUCAGUUCAGAGCUUCAAUGGGUUUGUGUGGCUUCUGGUAAACCAAGACCUUCCAUUGGUUGGCUGCGUAAUGGGCAGCCUCUCACUACCCAGGAAAGAGUAAAAGUGAAUGGAGCUCAGCUCAAGAUCAGCAACCUAGCCCUGGAAGAUUCCGGAAUGUACCAGUGUGUGUCUGAGAACAAGCAUGGGACCAUCUACUCCACUGCUGAGCUCAGAGUUCAAGUUCAGGCCCCAGACUUUAGGUUAAACCCUGUGCGGAAACUGAUCCCUGCGGCUAGAGGGGGACAAGUGAUGAUCGAGUGUCGCCCUCGAGCUGCCCCAAAGCCCAGCCUGUUCUGGAGUCGUGGGACAGAGCUGCUCACCAACAGUAGCAGGCUGACAGUGACUCCAGAUGGUAUCUUGUGGAUUACGAAUAUCAGCAGGGCAGAUGAAGGCAAAUACACUUGCUUCGCUGAGAACUACCUGGGCAAAGCAAACAGCACAGGACACCUGUCCGUCAGAGACGCCACCAAGAUCACACUGGCUCCCUCCAACGCUGACAUCAAUCAGGGCGAGAAUGUAACUCUGCAGUGUCACGCCUCCCAUGAUCCCACCAUGGAUCUGACCUUCACCUGGGCCCUCAACGGGGCUCUGCUCGACCUGGAGGAAUCGACUGGACCCUACCAUCGAGUGGAGGGCAAGGAAACCAUUGGAGACCUUCUUAUUGUCAAUGCUCAGCUGAGUCAGGCAGGUACUUACACCUGUAGCGCUCAGACAGUGGUGGACAGUGCUUCAGUAACAGCCAAGCUAGUAGUACGAGGCCCCCCAGGACCUCCUGGAGGUUUACUGGUAAGGAAUGUUGCAGAGACAUCAGUGGAACUGAAGUGGAGUCGUGGUUAUGACAACCACAGUCCUAUCGGCAACUAUGUGAUCUUAGGACGAUCUUCUCUCUCACCACAGUGGAAGCAGAUGAGGACGGAUCCAGUGAAUAUAGAAGGAAAUGCAGAGUUUGCUAGUGUGGUCGGGUUGUUACCUUGGAUGGAUUAUGAAUUCCAGGUCAUCGCCAGCAACAUCCUGGGCAGUGGAGAGCCAAGCAUGCCCUCACAAACCAUUCGCACACAGCAGUCAGCUCCCUCAGUGGCUCCAAGUGGACUGGGAGGAGGAGGAGGAUAUGGAAAUGAACUUAUCAUUAUAUGGACACCCAUGGCCAGAGAAUACCAAAAUGGUGAUGACUUUGGUUACAUCCUGAAAUUCAGGAAAAUAGAAACGACAUCGUGGACUGAAGCACGCGUUCCUUUGGUGGAGUCAUCCCGCUACGUGUACUCCAACGUCACCCUGACGCCAUACACGCCCUUUGAGGUGAAGAUCAAAGCUUUUAACCGCAAGGGACAAGGUCCGUUCAGCCAGAUCGCCAUUGUCCACUCCGCUGAGGAAGAACCAACAGUUGGCCCUUUGAGCAUCAACGUCACGGCACUGACAGCUUUCGAUAUCCAGGUGUCAUGGGAGCCGGUCCUGCAGCCCAACACCAACAGCAUCAUCAGAGGAUACGAGAUCCGAUACUGGCGCCAGCAUGAACGGGAGGCAGCGGCAGACCGAGUGCGGACAGCAGGUCUCGAGACAACAGCCAGGGUAUCUGGACUUCGUCCUAGCACUCGAUACCAUGUUGCAGUUAUGGCGUACAACAGUGCAGGCACGGGACCGCCAUCGCCACGCUUCACUGUGACCACCAGGAAACCACCUCCUAAUCGUCCUCCUGGAAAUGUGUCCUGGAGGACUGAUGCUUCUUGGGUAAUUGUGCGCUGGGACCAUGUGAAGUCCCUGCACAAUGAGUCUGCUAUUCUGGGAUACAAGAUUCUCUACAAGCAUGACAGUCAGACGGUUCUGAAGGUAGUGGACAAGACGAAGACAUCAGUCAACCUGCCGCUGCCCAAAGACGACCAAUACGUGGUGCUGGAGGUGCGCUCCUGGGGUGAAGGUGGCGACGGGCCCGCGCAUGAGAUUAUUGUUUCUCGCGACUCAGGAACGGGCAUGAUGGUGCAGAGCAAGGCAGUAGCGUGCAGUUGUUCAAUCCUCACUUCUGCCGUUCUUUUACUGUCAGCUCUGUGACGUCAGAGUUUUGGACUUUUUUCUUCGGUGAGUUGACACUUUUUGAGUGGCUUUCGGCAGCUGGCGAAGUUUUCUUCAAAGGAUACUAAAGAAAACAUUUUAUUUUUUUUUAAAGGGGAAAAUGCAUUUGUCAACACAUUUUACUUUUGUAUUUGGUCGAUUGUAUGAGAAACAUGACAUGUGACUUCCAUCCACAGUCUUUACAGUGUAUUUGGAGAAGAAAAAGGUAACAGUUAAUUUAUUCUGUCACACCUAUGGAUCAUGUUUUGUUUUCUCAUGUUAUGUUUUGAUUUUGGACAUUCAGUCAUGUUUUGCACUUCCUGGUUUUGUUUGUUUCCAUGCCAACCUAUUAGUUUUCACCUUGCCCUCCUAGUCACACCCCUGCCCUCAGUCCCGCACUUGUUCCUAACUACCACUGCUACUAUUUAAAGAUUUUACUUCCUAUCCAUCAGUCCAAAAUCAAAACAUAACAUGACAAAACAAAACAUGAUCCAUAGGUGUGACAUAUUCAUCUUACAUUUACACAAAAUAAACACCUGACCGUUUAGGAAUGGUAAUAAUUAAAUACAGAUUCAUUGAUAAGUACAGUAUUAUCCUAAUUGUUUCUACUGGGGUGAAGUAUGACUCUGAUUAAUUGGUCAUGAACAUAAAAAAGUUUAAUAACCAAAACAAACACUUGGAAAAGUAGACAUCAAACACGCUAAAGCAACAAGUAAAGUGUUCAAAGUAUACAAACGUUGUUGCUCUACCAGGACUUUGAGAAUGAAAUAUUAUUCAUUGUAUGCUCAGUAAUUACUUCAACAUAAAUAAUAAUUCAUAACUUUAUAUUUUAUAUUGUUUAUCAUUUUUAUCUUAUUUAUAAUUUACAAUGUGAUUAUUGACCUAAUGUACUGACAACAAUGAUAUUUUUAACAACUAUAACGUCUGUAGUGACUCAAUUUACUAGUUACAUUUGUAAUAAUUGUUAUUAUUAUUGACAUUCGCUAAUGAUGGUUAUAAUUUUAACAACUGUCAUUUAUUGACACUAUUUACUAAUAAUUAUAAUUUUAACAUAGCAUGGUUAUUGACAUUGUUUACUCACAAUUAUAACUUUAAAAAUUAUAGUGUGAUUAUUCACACUGUUAACCAAUGACUUUUUUACCAAUAUAACUACAUUAUUGAUACUAUUUACUAAUAACAAUUAUGAUUUUAGCAUUUAUGACAUAACAGUAUUUACUCAUACUAUAAAAAAGGAUUUUAAAACAUAAUUUUAACGAUUAAAGCUUGAUUAUACAUAUGAAAUACUAAUUGGAAGGGUUUUGUUUUUGAGAACUAGUGAAAUGAUUCCCGUGUUAUGUAAUAUUGCUGACUAAUAAUAACACUGACUAUGUACAGUCGUGGUCAAAAGUUUAAAUACACUUGUGAAGAACAAUGUCAUGUCUUGAGUUUUCAAUCAUUUCUACAACUCUUAUUCAUUUGUGAUAGAGUGAUUGGAGCACAUACUUGUUGGUCACAAAAAACAUUCAUGAAGUUUGGUUCUUAUUGAAUGUAUUAUGAGUCUACUGAAAAUGUGAGCAAAUCUGCUGGAUCAAAAGUAUACAUACAGCAACAUACAUGAUCACAGAAGGAAGCCGUUACUCCAGAAGCGACACCUUUGUCAGAGUUAGUUUGUGACAAACCCCAAGAUGCAGAGAAGGAGGCACGCAUUGAGUAAAGAAACAUGAUUUUAUUAAAAUACUAGGACAAGAACAAACAAAAAAGGAUACUAACAAAAGGCGCGCAAGAGGCGGAUAACAAACUAAAAGAGCUAGCAUGGGAGCUAGAAGAUAACAAGCAGGAAACAGAAGUUGUUACUUGUAGUAUGAAAACAAACUAGAAGCAGGAAACAAAAAACAGUAAGCUACAAACAGCUACUGAAAUAUAACUUACCGCUACGCUGCAAAGACACAACACGACACGACAGGAGCAACAAUACAGAAGCGACAAUAAUCCAGCACCGACUGGAGGAGAAAACAGGUCUAAAUAGGAAUCGGGCUGAUUGACACCAGGUGUGGCCAGGUGCCAAUCAGCCGCAGCUGAGGGGACACAGUUCUCAGGGAGACAAACAGGAGACAGAACCAAAAUAAGAGUGCUGACAGGAACUAAAGACAGGAAAUACUACACACACACAGAGGAAAAACUAAAACACAAACAAACUGUCACGGGCACGCCUGACAACCUUAAGGCUCGUUUAAAGUUUACUGCUGAACACAUGGACAUAGAGGAAAGGUCUGUGGUCAGAUGAAACAAAAAUUAAUCUGUUUGGCCACAAUACCCAGCAAUAUGUUUGGGGGAGAAAAUGUGAGGCCUUUAAUCCCAGGAACACAAUUCCUACUGUCAAGCAUGAUGGUGGUAGUAUUAUGCUCUGAGCCUGUUUUGCUGCCAAUGGAACUGGUUCUUUACAGAGAGUAAAAUGGGACAAUGAAAAAGGAGGAUUACCUCCAAAUUCUUCACGACAACCUAAUAAUUAUUAGCCCGGAGGUUGGGUCUUGGGUGUUCAAACAGGACAAUGACCCCAAACACACAUCAAAAGUGGUAAAGGAAUGGCUCAAUCAGGCUAGAAUGAAGGUUUUAGAAUUGCCCUCCCAAAGUCCUGACUUAAACGUGUGGACAAUGCUGAAGAAACAAGUCCAUGUCAGAAAACCAACACAUUUAGCUGAACUGCACCAAUUUUGUCAAGAGUAGUGGUCAAAAAUUUAACCAGGCACAAAAAGCGCCUUAUUGCAGUGAAACUUGCCAAGAGACAUGUAAGCAAAUAUUAACAUUGCUGUAUGUAUACUUUUGACCCAGAUUUGCUCACAUUUUCAGUAGACCCGUAAUAAAUUCAUAAAAGACCCAAACUUCAAGAAUGUUUUUUUGACCAAUAAGUAUGUGCUCCAAUCACUCUAUCACGAAAAGAUAAGAGUUGUAGAAAUGAUUAAAAACUCAAGACAGCCAUGACAUUAUGUUCUUUACAAGUGUAUGCAAACUUUUGACCACGACUGUCAACGGGUUUGCUGCUUUAUUGCUGGUAUGUUGAUAUGUUGGGUGUGUCACCAUUUGAUAAUAUUCCUGUCAUUGUAAUCAUGUCAUCUAUCAACUCUUACAUAAAACCUUUGUCACAUUUAUGACAGCAGAAAGAUUGUUGGUGGGGUUUUUUUUUUGUUUGUUCGUUUGUUUGUUUUUCGUUUAGGAUAUUUAAAGUCGAUGUUUAAACUUUUGUUUCUUCACAAUUGUUUUUGUAAGUUACGGAAAAAAAAAUAGUUCCCACAAAAGAGGAAAAUAAAGACAAUA